AAAUAUGCUGAAAUUGAGGUCGAGAAUAUCGAACUUAAAGCUGAGAAUGUGAAAAGAGAUACAGUGACUACUACUCAAUUAUCUACAUUAUCACCUAUUAAGAACAUGCAGAUUAUUGAUUCUUUAGAUGCGAGAGUAUCUAUGCCUUAUAAAGAGAUCGAUUUUCUAGAGUGGGAUGUUUCUUCUGAAUUAUUACCAGAAGAGAAAGUGAUCGAUGAGGAAGAUAAGAAAGAUGUUAGCAAUGAUAUAAGGCAAUGUGAUAAAAAGAAAAUUUUACAUGAACGAAAAAAUGAACAUGGCCUGAUUCAGGAAAUAUCUACUAGUGUCAGCUACAAUGAUGCAUCUUUAUCUAUCCAAGAACAUAAUUCUACAUCUUCAGAUCAUGUGACUAAAAUUUCGCUGACCUUAGGUCAGGAAAAAUCAAGAAUCCUCCAAAAUAUAUCCCACUUAUAUGAAAAAGCAUGUGAUGCAGAAGACAAAUCGAUAAAAGCUAAUCAAGCUGAAAUUUUAUGCUGGAGCAAUUUUAUUAUAGCAUUUGACAAAAGUCUUAAUGAAAUCAUGAUUAGAGAUAAAAGCCCCAAUACUGAAUUACCUGAUAGUUCUGUUAACAAUUCUUCUGAUGAUUUACUUGAAACCGAG